GGGAGAAAGCAGCAUCUGGUCGAUUUAAACCACACCACUUCUUUCCCCUCAAGUGAGCAUGAAUUCACCAAACUACAGGUUCUAUGAGUGCACUAAAUUCCCCAUGGGUUAAACCCAAAUGAAAAGCAAACGUUUACCAUAGAGCUUUGGAAUGUCCUGUUUUGCUGCACAGAGGUGUGGGUCCUGCACACACGGUGCUGUUAUCAGAUGGGAGCCUCUCCUGGAAGGAGAAUGAAACCGCUGCAUCACUCCCAGCCGUGCAGAUACCAAACCAGACAGGAGGUUUCCAAACAAACCCCCAAGCCCAGACCCUCCCCAUCCACAGGGAUCCUGGGUUUUUACGAAGCAGGCAAUGAUCACACUGGAUUGUCAUUAAUGGAAGAGGGGAGAAGUAUCUGUUCUUCUUUAUGGGGAUAUACAGAUUUCAUUCCCCCCCACUCAGCUGGAACAGUAAAUUCGGGCUCAUGCUGCUUCAUUUCUUUGGAGGUGAAUACCAGAGCAGGGGUGGGCUGAAGGGGGGUCCUGCUUGGUUACCAGAGCCCUUACUGGGAACUAGAUAGCCAGAGAAAAAAAGGCUUUUUCAAAGAGCUCAGGAAAAGGAAGACAUGUGGUUGGAGAUAAGGAAGGAUAAAAGCAUUCCCUGUGAUAGAAAUCGCGAUGUUCAUCUGCCAAGUCAGGCGUUUCGGGGCCUUCUGACCGUGCGGGGCUUCCGUUUCUCUUGCCUUUUCCCACACAAACUGGAAGCACCAAAUUAUUGGCAUGAAAAUUCCUUUUAGCUUGUCCGAGCAGCUCAGGCCUUUGGGAGGAAUUUUGCACAGGUCGGACGUGAAGGUCAAACUCUGCUUGACUUCAGAAGGGAGAAGUGGCUUCCCACAAGUUGGUGUUGGGCUGCCCAGGGGCAGGUUGUGUGUUCCCUGGGUCUGUCUGACCUCAGGGUGACAGAGACCCCUCAGGUUAAGCUUGGGCAGAGCUCAACCGAGGACAGUUGACAUGGCCAUUUGAGGCUCUGAGAGGAAAAGAAAGAACAUUCAAGCAGUCAUGUACUGAUCCCCACCUGAAAGAAGGCUCUGAGAGACGGACAACAGCAGCAUGAACGAGAGCGCCGGUGACGGGAAGUGCAGCGAUGCCAGCUCACUUUGCAUGGAUCUCACCAACCUCGUGACCUGGGCACACACUCACGGCACCAUCUGCAAGCAAAUCCCAGCCUUGGAGAUUGUGCAGAACGUGGGUCAUGCGAGCAAGGACAACUCUGUGCUGUGGAUCUGUGGAGUCGGACACGCGUAUCACUGGCAGUGUGAAAAACUCUACCUCAGAAGCAGAGAGGAGAAUGAAGGUGCAGAGAAGAGGAAGAGGUCGGUGUCUUGUGAGGCUUCAGCAAGGGAAGCUAACUUGCACGAAAAGAGGUCCCGGGUGACCCCAUCUUUUGAGUGGGGCAAAGGAGAUGCUGUUGACACAGGGUCACGUAGCAGGUCUCCAGAGGGCACUCAGCAGAGGGACAAUGCAGUCUACGUAACAUGCAAUGAGCCAUCACCCAGUGAGAGUUUGAAGCCUGGCAAAUCCAUGAAAUCAGGCUUUGCAGCAGAGCACCAGUCCUCAGUAUCUAUUGGGGAAGCCCAAACCAGCAGACCUAAGGUGAAGCAAGAAAGCAACAAAGAUCUACAAGUCAUCUCUGAUGAAGAACACUGUAUGUCAGAUGCAGAUGACCAAGGAGAUGGAAUCAACCAGAAUGUUCUGUCGGAAUCACCAGUGAAGGGUGGAACUGCUGAGGUAGAUUCACAAAUGCAUCACGGUCAAAAGACAGCAUUUAACAAGCCAGCAGCCACCCAAAGACCUGGCUUUGUCCCCACAGGAAAGCUGUCCCCAACUCUUGCCUGCAUUCUGAAAUCCCCUGUCAGUGACCAAGAGAGCCUGGACAGCAGCUUCCUGAGGCUGGGUCCUCCUCUGCAUCCUGCAGGGUCAGUCACGGAAGCUUCUAGAGCAAGAAAUCCCUCUGGCUCAGCAAUGCUGAAAGAACAUGUCAAAUCUGUGCCUGCCUCCAGCACUGAUGCAAAGGCCCAACUUGAGUCCCCCACCUCUGUGGCAUUCUUUGAGUUUGAAGCCAGUGUAGACAUCCAGCAGGAACUCCAGCUGAGCCCUCUGGAGCACAGCAUGCCAGGAAUGGACUUCAGUGGGAAUGGUCCUGACAACCCUGCUGAGGAGAGUGAACCUUUGGGAUCUGGGCAGGCCCCUCAUCCUUCAGGCUCACUGAAUCCAGAGAGCACGAACACAGAGCAGCCACCCGCAGCUAGAGGUGUGUUGAAGAAGACUGAGAAGAAGAGAAACCGUAAUUCUGGUGACAUAAAAGUGUUCAAGGACUGGCUGGUUCUCCAUUGCCCGUUGGAAACACGGGAGGUCUAUAAGCUGCCACCCCAAGACCUUGAUAAUUACCUGGCCUUGUUCUACAGCUCUGCAAAGAGACAGAAUGGCACAGACUUCUCGCCCUGUUCCCUGCACUUCUUACAGAGCAGCAUAGAGAGAUACCUCAAGGAUCACAGCUACAAGUACAGCGUGGUGAGAGGGCUGGAAUUCCGAGCGUCCCAGGAAGCCUUGAAACUGAAACACCAGCAUCUGUCUCAGAAAGAGAGGGAGGGAGCCUGGAGUAUUCUGGAGAGCCUGACAGAUGAGGAUGUGGAAAGUCUCCGGAAGAAGGGACUUUUAGGUAAGAUUCACCCUCAGGCCUUUUUGCACCUCAUGUUCACAAACAUCAUCAGGGGGUUUGGGGCACGUACACACACUCAGAGCCACAACCUGUGCUGGGGCCAGCUCGUGCUGAAGAGGAAUGAGGGAGAGCCAGAGUACUUGGAGUGGAAGGACAAUCUGAGCUCGGAGCUGAGCACAGGAGCUUCGGGUCCACGUCUCUUUGCCAAGCCUGACGAUCCAGAUAACUGUCCAGUGGCAGAUUACAAGGAGUACAGCAAGAGGAGGCCACUGGAUAUGCUCCACGACCACGAUCCGCUUUACCUGGCUCCCAAGCCGCUGUGCUCCAUCUGGGACGAGGUGUGGUACUGUAGGAAGCCACUGACAAAAGCCAAAAUGGAAAAGAUGCUGAAAAUUAUCAUCCAGCAAGUCAAAAGACCCGCGAAGUCCAAGAAGUAAAGGUAUCCAUGGAGGUUCUGCUGCACCUCUUGUUACUAGGAGUGUGUUUCAGAGCAGCCUUCGAGAGGUUCAAGUAUCAAUAGUGUAGGUUGGGGAGAAAACCCUUCUCCUCAGUGUCACCUUCAAGCAGAAGUCACCUGCAAGUUUGCAUCACCUUUGCUCUGAGGUUCAGUGUAAACCUUCUACUGUAGUUCUGUUAGUGGGGUUGAGAAUUCAGGAAGUUCAGUAAAUCCAAGACUCUUUGGUUUCACAUUUGCCAAACAAGUUCAUUUUGUGCUUUAGUAUUAACAACAUAAAAUAGCUGAUGUUCCCAUGGAGAGGGCUCAGCAGCCAGAGGCUUGGAGCUUCUAAGCUUGAGUUUAAGCUGCCCUCUGGGGAGCUGACGCCUGGACACAGCGUUUAUUCUACAGCAUAAGCCUGGGUGAGGAACAAGAGUUAGUUCUGGGGUGGGGGGAACAGUGAGUGCCAAGUGCUCAUCCUGGGGGAAUGCUUUCAGCAAGGUUAGUGUCCUUAGU